GAAGAAGAAAUCAAAUGACUUUGGGCUGGCUAUGUCUCGUGAGCAUGGUAAGUGCCUGAAUCUGUCAAAACUAUUCCUCAUUCUUUUCUCGGGUCCAAGCAGGUGGAGCAAACUUGCAUCUACCCUGCAGAGUGGAGUCCUCGAACGGCUGGUUCGUGCCCUUCUACUUUUCUGCCAUGACCAAAACCACGCCAGCAUUAUUCAUUCUACUCGUAGCUGCUACGCCUCCGAGAGCUGCAGACCUAUCCGAAACCAAGAUCAUUCCCCAGGUUAAGGUUAAGUUUAAGGUUUGUGUUGCGGGAGCGACCCUAGCUCCCGCGUGGAUGUGAACGACAAGGCGUUGACACACGAGCCCAGAUGAUCAGCGACUGAUAGCUUUUAUGAUCCCACUCCUGGCAGCAAAUUGGGAAUACCAAUACUGUAGUAAGAUCUCUGAAGCUUACCGUAUGUCACACAUAGCAGAAAUGGGCCCUUCAUUGAAGACUUGCCAAGCGGCAGAAAAUAAAAUGGUGGUCGCCAAGAUGCAACCAGCCAUCAGACGCAGGAAGCUAUUAGUUCCCUGUAAUUACGGCGGAUGAGCGCCCCUGCUCCCCCACGGGCAUAACGUCCCAAAUGUAGUCUGUAGACACUUGGCGAUCCAAACAUACCCACAAUGAAUAUCACAUCACCGUGCCGUGAAGCGAAGAGAGGAAGACUUGGCGACAACACAACCAUCAGUCGGGUAGUUACAAAUCCUUCAAAUAUGUUAUAGUGCCCAUCUUUCUUUCUCCGUUCAAGGUUUUUCGUAUACAUAAUUUAUCAACCAUGAAAUUCCUCGUCUUGCUCUUCACAUGUUUCCAUACCCUGCUUUCGGCAACAACCGCAAAGGCGGAACGAAUACUUCCUUCAGACUUGCAGUUCGACCUCAUCUUUCCACGCAACAACACGGUUUAUGCACCUACUCAAUGGUUCCCUCUCGUGUUCGGGAUCAACAAUCUCGACUCUGUCUGGCCUCUGGACUUCAACUUCAAAGUGACCAUCAAGUCUACAGAUUGGUACAAGGAGAACUCAAAUCAAAUCUAGCCUAUUGGAGGGACGAAAGCUUUAGCUUCAGUGAUCUCGCGUCAGUCAACAAUGGCCAAAAUCCAGGACAGCACUUCUUCUAUACCCCAAUGGUCAACAUGACAAACGGAACUACGGACACAUAUGUCAUUCAGUGGUAUGUACGCAUUUUCCACCGCUGCUUCGCCAAUGAAUCCGAAACCGAGGAAUUUUAUAAUCCACGAACUGGCUACGGGAAAAAAGGCUGGCAAAACGCACCCGAUUUCGAAUUACAAUACAUCGAGUUCGGCACAGCUCCUGGCGGCCAGCGUCCUGACAUCGAAGCUACCCUCAACUCUUGCCCGGCACUUAGCGCGGAGGAUUCAGCAGCGAUCCGUCUUACCGACAUGGAGACACACUACAAGGAUGGGAGGCAGUGUCCUACUCUAGAGGAUAUCACGCCAGUACCCUGUAUCUUCCAGUCGUCCGCAAAGGAGCUCGCGACGAACGUCUCUGAUAUGAUUCUGGUGAAGAUGCGGUGUAAUGUAAUGAGGGGGACUGGCAAACGAUCACUAGGCCAUGCAUGGACAAGCUCAAGAAGAAGAAGAAUGCGGGAUCAGUGCAGGGUGCGAGCGCUGUCGUGGGCUGGAUGACAUUACUUGUUGUGUAUACCGUGUUCAUGAAUUCUUAAGCUGGAGCUUACUCAAUACCUGUGCUCUGUGUUCAAGGACACGUAUAUCCUACCACAAUUGAAAUACAGAACCGAAGAACACGAGGUUUAGUCCAAGAAUGCGUAUUCGCUCCAAG